AUGUCUGCAGAAGCUUUAUAUUCUCUUACCUUGAUCGUUCACGAGGAUUAUGCGCCUGAAAGCAUUGUAUCCGCUGUUGAUAGAUUCAUCACAGACUCAUUGCAUGCUAGCUUCGGCAAGACUCAACUUUCUCCACGUGCUUGGGACUACGAACUCGAGAUAGACAACUAUCAAGAAGCCCUUGGAUUGGUCAAGUCGCAAUGUUUGAACCAAAACUAUGACUUGAUCCUACAACCAAGCUUAACUAGACAAGAUAAGCAGUUGUUCAUUUUUGACAUGGAUUCUACGUUGAUUUACCAAGAAGUCAUUGAGUUGAUAGCAGCAUAUGCCGGUAUUGAAGAUAAGGUAGCUGAAAUUACAACUAGAGCAAUGAAUGGAGAAAUCGACUUCAAUGAGAGUUUAAAAGAGCGUGUUGGUUUACUUCGUGGCAUAAACUCAACCACGAUAUGGAAAGAGUUGGAAGAGAAAAUUGAAAUCACAAACGGUGUAAGACCAUUGAGCAAAGCCUUGAAAAAAAUGGGAUGUGUAUUAGGAGUUUGCUCCGGUGGAUUUAUACCUUUGGCCGAACAUAUCAAGAAUGAGCUAAGCUUGGACUAUGCUUACGCAAACACAUUAGGUGUUGAUGAAAACAACAUCUUAAAUGGUGAGACAAUUGGAGAAAUUGUCAAUGGUGAUAAAAAGGCCGAGCUUCUAUUGGAAAUAGCAAACAAGCAUGGAAUCGACCCCAAGAAUGCUGUUGCCAUAGGUGAUGGGGCUAAUGAUUUGAAAAUGAUGUCAGUUGCAGGAUUUGGUAUUGCGUGGAAUGCAAAGCCUAAAGUUCAACUACAAGCUCCAGCUUGCUUAAACACCAAGUCUUUGCUUGAUGUUUUAUAUAUCAUGGGCUAUAGUGAUGUCGACAUCAAGGAUUUAUUAGAAUAA